AUGUUUUGCAGGGCGAACGAGUCUCGGGUUAUGAGGCGAUUAAGUGUUUUGAGUAGAAAUUACGUUGCUUGCAGGUCACUGUCGUCAGUUGCUACAAAAGAAAACGUCUUUGAAAGUUUAGUUGACAAUCUUCUCAGCGAAAAUCCGACUUCGAAUUCAAAUGAUAAAUCACCAACCACUUCAAGAUUGCCAAGCAAAAGCGGCUUUAGCCAACUGGCGAAUUCACCAAAGAUAAACCUCAAUGAAGCGUUGGAGCUACUGCAUGUCGCAAAAAGUUACAAUAUAGAAAAACGAACGACUCUUGUUCGCGAGUUAAUUCAAAAGGUUGAAUUUGAUCCGGAUGAUACAUUGAAGCUCAAUGAAGAGGAUUUAAGCACUGCGCUUGCUGUAAUGAUUGAAACAACAAUUGGGAACUCAAAGUCGCCUUUGUUUGAGGCAUUAUUACAAAAGUUCAAAGAAUUGAUCGAGCAAGAAAAUUGCGAUAUCAACGUUGAUGUGUUAAUUCGUUUAAUGUCUGCCGCGAAAAAAGCUCAAUACUAUUUCCCUUCAUCAAUUCAAGAAAAACUUCAUUCAGAGCUGUCAAAGCGAAUCAGUACCACGUCAAUGCCACGUCAACUACUUGGUAUACUAAAAAGUUCUUUGCCAAAUAACUCCGAUUCGCUAAAAUUGAUUGCAAGUUCGGCUAAAAAGUUAUUGCCAGUGAUGAAUGUUGACGAAUUAGUUUCACUAAUCGAACAGUUUGCAUCGAGAGGAAAUCGAGAUAAGGAGUGUAUUGAUCAAGCUAUAAACCGGAUAGUCAUGAGCUCGCAGUCCUUAAGUGUCAAUCAAGGCGUGAUCUUAUUAACCUCUUUGUGUCGCCUACAUAUCUUUGAUGCUCGGAUUAUUAGGAAGAUUGUCAAUGAUCUCAACGAAAAGGGUCUGAUGGAGCUUAAAGAUUGGAAUCAAGUCACAUCACUUGCUAAUUCUUUAACCCGCUUGCGAGUCGCCAAUCCCACUUUGUGGAAUAUGCUAGGUCAGUGGGUGGUAGAAAAGUUUGCGUCCAAAGAUGUCGAGAAGAUUGGAUUAUUUGUCAGUGGAAUGGCUCAUCUGGGUGUAGUAGACAAACAUGGCAGAGAGCUUGCGACACGAUUAGCAAAAAUUCUCGAUAAACAGAAAGCCAAAUCGGAGAAUGUUUGGCUUUCCAGCAUGACAUCAUUGGCAUAUUAUGGGGUGUUGCCUGGUCAUCUUGCAGAAACUAUAUUAAACAAGGAUUUUGUCGCCCAUCUAUGCAACUCAUUGAAGCAAUCACCGGAGAACACGAUGUACCAUCUUUUGCGCAUAAUGCGUAUAAACAGUUACGUGAAAAACUGCAUACAAGACUAUCACGGACCGACUUUUGAUCUUGCCAAAGAAUUUCGAGCAAUUCCAGAAAUGACACAAAUCGCUAGAAAACUGAAAUAUGGUGGCAACUCAAAAGAAGAGGGCGAUUUUCUUGAUAUUCUUUAUAAGGUGACACCUUUAAGUCAUUGUCGGGCUCCUCGUUUACAUGAAAGCGGCACAUAUGUUGAGGCUGAAAUCAAGCCAGUGGAAUUCGGCUCAACAAAAUGCAUUGCGGUUAAUGAAUGGGCAAAUGACAUCACGGACAAAAAGACCAGACCAAUCCUCUAUUUUCCUUGGAAUCAGAUUCAUUACACAUACGAUUUGACAACAAGCAAUAAAAAAGACACCGAUGUGGAUGAUGAUCACGGUAGAGAGUCACGUCUUCUUGGGUUUCAUCAGAUGGGGAUUCAAUUGUUAAGAAUGGAAGGUUACAAUCCGCUCGUCAUUCUUGAUACCGAGCUGAGGCAACAUGCUGAAAUUUCAGAAACAAUAUCUUAUUUGAAAAAAAGAAUUUCUGUA